ACUUCAUACUACAACCGAGACGUGGCCCAACUGCGAAGACGGUGAUCUUGUCGAGUGCGUAGUUUGGCAUUUAUCAUUUAAGGCCCGCGGGUCAAACCAUUCCGACAUACAGAAUUCCAUUCAUCAAUGCUUACUCUGGACCACCUGAAUCCCGAUAUCUCCAUCCCACCUCCCUCUGCCUCUUGAGUCGCUCCCUCGACCCUCGACCGACCCCCAAGGUGCUGAGCUAUAGGUCGGCAAGAACAAGCCUUGGAAUAUAUACACCUCACACACGGCUGUCAACCGUCAUCUUGCCAAAAAGGCAUUGGAGCGAAAAGAACCUCUAGUCUCUUCACCCGCAUCUCUCGCCCACCAUGGACAAUUCCUACAGCAUGGUCCACCAGGACAACACGGCGGAUCAGCCUACGCAGCAGGAGUUGAAGACACAGCUCGAAAAGGGGACCGAUGAGACCAAGGUGGAGACCCUGAAGCGGAUAUUGACCAUUAUGCUCAAUGGCGAUCCUAUGCCGGGCCUUCUGAUGCACAUUAUCCGUUUUGUCAUGCCGUCGAAGAGCAAGCCUCUUAAGAAGCUCCUGUACCUCUAUUACGAAGCGUGUCCGAAGCUAGAUGCUAGCGGGAAGCUACGACAAGAAUGGAUUCUGGUUUGCAACGGGAUCCGACUCGAUCUUCAGCAUCCUAACGAAUACGUCCGUGGAAAUACCCUUCGGUUUCUUUGCAAGCUGCGAGAAGCGGAGCUUAUAGAACCCCUACUACAGCCAGCACGACAGUGUCUGACGCAUCGCCAUGCAUACGUCCGCAAGAAUGCGGUCUUUGCGAUCGCUACCAUCUUCCAACACCUCGAACAACUUAUCCCCGAUGCACCGGAUCUAAUUUCAACUUUCUUAGACGAAGAAAGCGACCCGACCUGCAAGAGGAAUGCAUUCGCGGCGUUGAUGAGCAUCAGCCACGAGAAAACACUGGAGUACCUCACUGAGCGCUUCGAUGGCAUCCCUAACGCGGAUGAGCUGCUCCAGCUGGUUGAACUUGAAUUCAUCCGCAAAGACGCCAUCACGAAUGCCCAAAACAAGGCGCGGUACCUUAGACUGAUCUUCGACCUCCUUGAAGCCAAGACGUCGACUGUCAUCUACGAAGCCGCUUCGUCGCUCACUGCCCUUACCAAUAACCCUGUCGCUGUCAAAGCCGCUGCAGGAAAGUUCAUCGAGCUUGCAAUCAAGGAGGCAGACAACAAUGUCAAGCUCAUUGUACUCGAGAAAGUGGACCAACUACGGCAGAAAAAUGAAGGCAUCCUGGAUGAGCUGACCAUGGAAAUCCUGCGGGUACUCACAAGUCCCGACAUUGACGUCCGGAAGAAGGCCCUGGCUAUUGUCUUGGAGAUGGUCUCGAGCAAGAAUGUGGAGGAAGUGGUGAUAUUGCUCAAGAAGGAGCUGUCGAAGACUGUGGACGAACAGUACGAAAAGAACACCGAAUAUCGAUCCCUUCUAAUCCACGCCAUCCAUCAUUGCGCCAUCAAGUUCUCCGAAGUCGCAGCAAGCGUUGUGGAUUCUCUGAUGGAGUUCAUCGCAGACUUCAACAACGCCUCUGCUGUCGAUGUCAUAUCUUUCGUGAAAGAGGUUGUCGAAAGAUUCCCUAAGUUGCGGCCUACGAUCAUGGAGCGACUGGUGUCCACGCUCGCUGAAGUCCGGGCUGGAAAAGUCUACCGCGGAGUCCUUUGGAUUGUCGGAGAAUACUCUCUUGACGAGAAAGACAUACGGGAAGCAUGGAAGAAAAUAAGAGCCAGUCUUGGUGAAAUCCCCAUUCUUGCUUCGGAGCAAAGGCUGCUGGAUGAGGUUCAAGAAGGAAAGGAGGAGACGAAAGAUCAAGUCAACGGUCACGCGAAGCCAUCAGCCCCUACCGGAUCACGACGCGUGCUUGCGGACGGCACCUACGCUACCGAAAGCGCGUUGACCAGCGAAGCAGCCAGCAAAGCCCACCUCGACGCCGUCAAGGCCGCCCAAAAGCCGCCGCUGCGCCAGCUUAUAUUGGACGGCGAUUACUACCUCGCAACCGUUCUCGCGUCGACACUCACGAAGCUCGUUAUGCGACAUUCCGAGAUAUCACAGGAUACCGCUCGCACGAAUGCCCUCCGCGCAGAGGCAAUGCUCAUCAUGAUCUCCAUCAUUCGCGUCGGCCAAUCGCACUUCGGCAAGUCUCCGAUUGACGAAGACUCGGUGGAUCGAAUCAUGUCAUGCGUCCGAUCAUUGUCGCAAUUUAGUCAGAGGAAGGACCUGGAGUCGGUGUUCCUCGAUGACACCCGCAAGGCGUUCCGAACCAUCGUGCAGACCGAGGAGAAGAAGCGCGCCGCCAAGGAUGCAGCCGAACGAGCCAAGACUGCCGUCCAAGUGGACGACGUUGUCACUAUCCGACAGCUUUCGAAACGAAGCACUGCGGAUGGCGACCUCGAUCUCGAACACGAUCUGGAGGCGGCGACUGGCGGAGACACGGCCACGGAUGACUUGUCGUCCAAGCUCAGCCGUGUCGUUCAACUGACUGGUUUCUCAGAUCCUGUUUACGCCGAAGCCUAUGUCAAGGUUCACCAAUUUGAUAUUGUCCUGGAUGUCCUGCUCGUCAAUCAGACCAUGGACACCCUGCAGAACCUGUCUGUGGAGUUCGCCACGCUGGGUGAUCUGAAAGUCGUGGAGAAGCCCACGACACAGAACCUUGCGCCGCAUGACUUUUUGAAUGUCCAGGCCACCAUCAAGGUCUCGUCCACCGACACGGGUGUCAUCUUCGGCAAUGUCGUCUAUGACGGAUCCAGCUCGACCGAGACCAAUGUUGUGAUCUUGAACGACGUCCAGGUCGACAUCAUGGAUUACAUCCACGCCGCCCACUGCACGGAGACGGAGUUCCGCAACAUGUGGACCGAGUUCGAGUGGGAGAACAAGGUGAACAUUAACUCGAAGGCGAAGACGCUUCGGGAGUUCCUCAAGAAGUUGAUGGACUGCACCAAUAUGAGCUGCCUCACGCCCGAAGCUUCCAUGCAAGGCGAUUGCCAGUUCUUGAGCGCCAAUUUGUACGCGCGGAGUGUUUUCGGCGAGGACGCCCUAGCGAAUUUGAGCAUUGAGAAGCAAGGCGAGAACGGUCCCAUCACCGGGUUUGUGAGGAUACGAAGUCGGUCGCAAGGUCUUGCAUUGAGCUUAGGGGCUUUGAAAGGGUUGAACAAGGCGUAGCCUGGCGGCAGGAAAAUUUGAUAAUCCGGUUGUUUGCCUCUUGUGCGGUCGAAGUGAAGCGAUAGAGGCAGUACUGUAGGCUAUCCAAGUCAAAAUUAUCGGGAUUGUUGUCACCAAAUGGAAGUCGGCCGACGAGCUGUUCAAGCACUUGGGUGCACGCCUCGUUGGGCAUAUUCUCUGGUGCAAAACACAGAACCGAUCUUGCCAAUGGCGAACGGUAUCGUAGAGGCAUAGAGAUAGGUCACAUAUUGCCUGGACUAUUGUCACCGAAGGGAAAAUCAAUCGACGAUUAUAUGAUCAC